CCCGGAAGUUGUGUGUAUUAUUGAGUCAGACCUCACCUCAAUUUACCCGACACUUCCAAAAGAAGAAUGACGGCCGGUUAAAGCAACAGAUGAGAUGGGUCUGCGGAGUUUGUCAGCUAUUAAAAUCCUCUAGACCGCUAUCGACCGUUUUAAAUGCUAUUUCCUCGCGCUUUGCUAUGAUCGACACGCAUUUCUCAACCUUAUAUGUGUUUAACUGACAGCAGUCUUGCUGUUGGAAGGAAGCGUCUGACUGCGCACUGUUGGCCCACCAAACACACUCUCAUCGGGGACUUCACCUAAAAGGGCAAGAUUGUUUUGCAACAUACUUAAUAGCCACACAAAUGCUCGCAUUUUAAGCACACAAUCUGUUAUAAGUAUUAACAUAAAUCAGAUAUAUCAAAGACUAUGUGAAGACGUCGUUGUUUGAAUAUCACGGUUUGUUUUUGCGUGCAUUGGAUUGUUUUCUUGCAUUUUUUGCUGAUCAAUUAUAAUCGAUCACACAUCCAGCAUGGCCACAGAUGCAAUAGCGACCGAAGAAGUCUCAAACCAGAGAGACUCGGGUGAUCUAAACGCCAACAAAAGCUAUCCCGAAUCAGACACACCCAGCCGGACGUCUGAGACGCAAGAAAACAGAAAUACAAGUAUCCCGUUAUCGUUAUCAUCACCAUCGGUUCACUCUGAGGAAGAACUACCUCGGGACUCGACAGCUGGGAAUAAUUCGCUGGAGAAUGGAGACCGUCCGGUCCGAACAGGAGAUCCGCCGCAGGAAGCAGCGACUCCAGACAAUAGACAAAAACAAGGCGCGAGGACUUCAACUCCUGCGCGAGCGCCGCAGACACUCGCUUCUCCAGCUGAGCACAAUGGAAGUUUUGAGCACCAGGAGUCAGUUGCUACCACAGAGGCGCGGCUGAGAAUGGAAGGGGUGGAGCUAAAGGAGGAGUGGCAAGAUGAGGACUUCCCCAGGCCACUCCCAGAAGAGGAAGAUAUGCAUCUUGAUGAGGAGCUUUUCACCCGCUCUUCUGGUGAAGGAGCACCUGCUUCACAGUCUUAUGGACUAAACAGUGCAAAGAAAACCAAAAAGAAGCUUUUAGCUCCGGACAUCAGCCUAAACUUAGACCACAGUGAGGGUUCAGUCCUUUCAGAUGAGCUGGAUGAGAGUACUGAACUGGACCUGGAUGAUAUAGACACCCCUUCAGACAACAGCAACGAGUUUGAGUGGGAAGAUGACCUCCCAAAACCUAAAAACGCGGACCUGCUGCGUAAAGGAGUGGAGUCGGUGCAAGAGUUCACCAGCACGGAGGAACGGGAGGAGGGCCGUCGCUGGAGAGUCUUCCGCAUCGGAGAACAGGAGCACCGGGUGGAUAUGAAGGCCAUUGAGCCCUACAAGAGGGUUAUCAGCCAUGGAGGUUACUAUGGCGAUGGACUGAAUGCCAUAAUCGUCUUUGCUGUUUGCUUUAUGCCUGAGAGCAAUCAACCAAAUUACAGAUACAUCAUGGACAAUCUUUUCAAGUAUGUCAUAGGAACUCUAGAGCUUCUUGUAGCUGAGAACUAUAUGAUUGUAUACCUGAAUGGAGCCACUUCACGCCGAAAGAUGCCCAGUGUGGGCUGGCUCAGAAAAUGCUAUCAGCAAAUAGAUCGAAGGUUAAGGAAGAAUUUGAAGUCUUUGAUAAUAGUGCACCCGUCCUGGUUUAUUCGCACCCUCCUGGCCCUAACAAAACCUUUUAUAAGCUCAAAAUUUAGCCAGAAAAUCAAGUAUGUGUUCAGCCUGACAGACCUGGCUGAGCUUGUCCCGAUGGAGUAUGUUUCCAUACCAGAUUGCAUUAAACAGUUUGACGAAGAAAAAAAUAGGAAAAAACAUAAAAGAUUUAGAUUCUGAUGUUGUGUCUUCUCAGUUCUGCCGCUGUUAGUAUGGAUUGACCAGGACAUGCGUGGAAAGGUGGAGAUGGCCACCUCUGCAGUGCCAGAAGCAGAAGCUGGAAGAAUCAAUGAAUGAAUUGGGUUUCUUUUAACUGGAGAACGCAAAAUCUUGAUGUCAGUAAAGUGCCUUUUAAAGGAAAAGGUCAUCGCAAAAUAAGAAUUCAGUCAUUGUUUACGCUCUCUCUCAUGUCGUUCCAAACCCAUGUGACUUUUUUUUUCUGUGGAGCACAAAAGAAAACAUUUAGCAGAAUGUCCAAGCUGCUCUUUUUGAUAUUCGUGGUCCCUAUUCACUUUCAUUAAAUGGAAAAGAGGAGCUUUUGUGCUCCACACAAGAGUCAUGCAGAUUUGGAACAUGGACUUGAGGGUGAGUGAAUAAAGACAGAAUUUUCAUUCGUGGGUGAGGUGUCCCUUUAAAGUUUUGACUGCCUGUUACGCUAUGUGACUUUUUUUUUUUUUUUUCUCUCCCUGUUGCAUUUGUGUGCCAAACACUUCUCAGAUGGCAUCUGAUUUCUGCGUUAAUCAUUUUAGUAACAUUUUAUAUGUAUCAUUUCAAUAAGUAGAUCUUGCCAACAUGUUCUAGUUCCAAUUGUAUCUUGCUCUUAGUUAAGCAACUCCGUUUUCGAACUAGUCGAUGCAUGUUCUGCGUUACAUUUAAAUAUCUAUAUUUAUAUCAAACGGCGAUCAAGGAGAAAGAUUAAUAUAUUUUUAUGAUUGAAACAUUAUUUUUAGGGCCACAGUCUGCUGUUGUUUGUCAUCUUCUCACUGAACACCUCAUAGUUAUACCAUGUAUUGUUUACUGCUGAUUUGGUGUAUGAUUCAAGAUCGUGAAGAAAUGUGCAAAGGAGACCGAAAGGAAUUAAGCAAACAUGUAUUGCACCAGUAACACUUCUUCAAUUCACUUUUAUUAAUGGUUUGGGAGGGUGGCGUUCUUGUGUGUUAUGUUCUUGCAAGUAAACUUCCACACGAAAA